UAUUAUUCUAUAUGAUGGCUAGAAGUAAAUAAUUGAUAAUUUUAUUUGAUGUGGAUGGGACUCUCACAAAAUCAAGGAAUAAGAUAGAAUAAAAUAUGCUUGAAACUUUGAAGUAACUAUGUAAAUUGCAUUAUGUUGGAAUAGUUGGAGGAUCUGAUUAUCACAAAAUAAAAGAUUAGGUGGGAUAAGAUGGUAAUUAUAAAGAAUAUUAUAAUUAGUAAUUGAUAUGGUUGAUUAUGUAUUUAGUGAAAAUGGUUUACAUUCAUUUAAGAAUGGAGAGCAUUUCCAUACAUAAUCAUUAAAUAAAUUUGUGGGCGAAAAUUAAUUAUAGAAGUUCAUAAAUUUUACUCUUUUAUAAUUAUCUUAGAUUGAGUUACCAUUAAAAAGAGGUACAUUUAUAGAAUAUAGAAAUGGGAUGAUUAAUAUUUCACCAAUUGGUAGAAAUUGCUCAUAAUAAGAGCGUGAUGAUUUUGAAUAAUAUGAUAAAGAACAUUAAGUUAGAAAGUAACUGAUUGAAAAAUUAGAGAACGAGUUUAAAGAUUUAAACUUCAAAUAUUCAAUCGGUGGACAAAUUAGUUUUGAUGUAUUUCCAAAAGGUUGGGAUAAAACUUAUUGUCUCCAAUUCUUAAAUGAUUUUGAAAAAGUAUACUUUUUUGGAGAUAAGACAUUUGAAGGGGGAAAUGAUCAUGAAAUUUACAUUCAUGAAAGAACAAUUGGAUAAUAAGUUAAUAAUCCUUAAGAGACAAUCAAGUAUUUAAAUGAAUUAUUUUUACAAAUUUGAUAAUUUAU